CUAUGAGAAGAAAGUAGGAACACACUCUCCCUCAAACCAAGGAACCCUUACAAAAGAAAAGAAAAUGAAUUCUUCAACAAUAUGUUCCUUGUUCCUUGGUUUAAUCCUUAUUUCUCAAUCCGCAAAUGCCAAAGGUCAUGGAGGAGGACUAGUUGUUACAAUUUGCAAAGGUGCGACGGACAGGGCCGCGUGCGAAAACAUCCUCGGAUCGAAUUCUGAAAUCUCCCAUGCCAAGUCCUUUUCUCAACUCUCCAAGGAGGUCCUAGAAUUUGCCUAUAACCAAGCCGUUGAAGGACAAAAUUUCCUUAAAGGAUUGGCACAGGCAAACAAUUGUCCAGCACUUACACAAUGUGCACAUUUUGACUAUGAUGGUGCGGUUAUGUCUUUUAAGAGUGCCCUUGCUGAAUUGACAGAGGAUCCUCAAACUGCUAACUAUGAUGCCAAAGUUGCCGGUGAUGGACCUUCCCAAUGUGAUAGAGGAUUGGCAUCAGCACAAAUUGUUAACCCUGAAGUUACUGCUCUUAACCGUCAAAUCCUUUUGCUUAGUGAAUUUGCAUUCCUAGCCACAAGUCAACUUUCUUCUAAUUAAAUUGCAUUCUUUGUAUGCAUAUAUAACAUGGUGGUUAUUUUGGGCAUGGCUAAUUUGUUAUGUUCUUUGGGGUCUCCUUAAUUUGGUGUGUUGAUGUAUAUAUAUGGAGGGAGAGUCAAUAAUAAAAUAUAAUAGCAAUUUAUUGCUAUUUUAUGUGUUCCGCAUAUUAAA